AUGUCUCGUUUAUCAGAUCUCAUCAACCUCUCCGACACCACCGAGAAGGUCAUCGCCGAAUACAUAUGUCCGCAGGUGAUCUUCAGGGACCCGUUCAGGAGGGGAAACCACCACCUGCUGGUGAUGUGCGAUGCUUACUCUCCUUCGGGGGACCCGAUUCCGACGAACAAGAGACACGCGGCGGCCAACAUUUUCGGACAAAUCAAAGCGGAGGAGCCCCUGUUUGGGAUUGAGCAGAGCAUUAACAUCAGUGGCAUCAACGCCGAAGUCAUGCCAGGCCAGUGGGAGUUCCAAAUUGGGCCAUCACCAGGCAUUUCUGCAGCAGAUGAGCUAUGGGUAGCUCGCUACAUUCUUGAGAGGAUCACUGAGAUGGCUGGAGUUGUGCUUUCCCUCGACCCCAAACCCAUCGAGGGUGACUGGAAUGGAGCUAGCGCGCACACAAAUUUCAGCACCAAGGCAAUGAGGGAGGAGGAAGGAGGAUUUGAACUGAUCAAGAAAGCAAUCCACAAGCUGCAGCUCAGGCACGCAGACCACAUCGCCGCCUACGGCGAAGGCAACGAGCGUCGGCUUACCGGACGCCACGAGACGGCCGAGAUCAACACCUUCUCAUGGGGAGUUGCAGACCGUGGAGCGUCGAUUCGAGUUGGGAGGAAGACGGAGAAGGAAGGGAGAGGAUACUUUGAAGACAGGAGGCCGUCUUCCAACAUGGACCCUUACGUCGUCACUUCCAUGAUUGCUCACACCACGCUUCUCUGGGAACAACCAUAA